CGCUCCUUCAAGUCAAGUCGUUUUUUUAAAUACUGGCGCAAAUAUUUUACAAGUAACCGUUAAACAGCGCGUCGGUAUACUACCAGGAUCAGAUCUUAUGACAUAAGAUGGGCAAGCCAAAAUCUAUCAAAGUAAAGGCAGUUGCAAGGAAACCUGUCCACACAGGCGGUGUGAAACAAUCAAGGAAUGUUUGCAAGAACACUAUUAAGAAAGCAAGGACUUCAACAUCAUGUCGAGGAGGGACGAUUACUGAGACAGUAUCGGUUACUUGCACAAGAACUGUAUCCAACAAACCAACAAAAAGGAAACCAAGACAACCUAAACCAAAACAGCCUAAAGUUCAAAAGAGCAAGGUGAUGAUCUUUAGGAACAGCGUCGCAAUGAUACAAUGA